AUGCAGUUGUUGGAAAGGGUGAAGGAGGAAUCCCCUUUCAACAAUUUUUUUGAGAGAGAGCCAUUAGCGUUUUCAGGUGCUCUUAUCCAUCAGCUCUUCAUGCAUAAGAUAAAAUCAGAUAAAGAUGAUGAGGUGCAUUUUUAUAUUGCAAAGAAGAGAUGCCGAUUCGGCCGAACUGAGUUUGCCUUGGUGACUGGGCUUAAUUUGUUACGUGGACCGACUGAGGCUGAGGUUUCGGAGAGGGCGACGUCAGAUCGUUUGAUAGUAGAAUAUUUUAAUGGGGAUCCAUCUAUCAGCAUUGGUCGUACGCGCGCCGUCUUCGAGAGUUGCACCGAGAAGGAUGAUUGUUACAAGUUGGGACCUCCCUUUUUUCUACAAUUACCCGUGGGGAAAAUUUCUUUCAACUUGUUGAAAGAUACUUGGAGUAAGGACUUCGUACAAAAGAAAAAGCAUAUGGAUGAGAAGAUUGUGAAGGGAACGACUCAGAAGGAGUCAAAGUAUUCGGCCUAUGGAUAUGCUGUAGCAUUGCAGUAUUGGGCUUAUGAGUCCAUCCUCGAGCUUGCUGAGAAAUUCGCAAUCAGAAGAUCGCAUCGCUUUCCCCGAAUGGUGAACUGGGAGAGUAAGGAUGCCCCACUCGGGAAAGAGGAAGUCAUCAGAUUAUUUGCAAAAAAAUUGACAGUGUACUCCGUGUUAUGUCCGCGGAGUAAUGAGGCCGAGUUUUUGAGCCACGUCACUGGAGGUGAGGCGCCUCUAUUUGUGGAUAUGGAAGAAUUGGUUAUUGGCGAUGAUGGCCAGCCUACUCAGGAUAGUUUGCGCAGCCAAGCUUCAAAGCUUGCACUCACGCUAGAACAGCGAGCGGAGGAAGCUGGAAUCUUCAGAGAUGAUACACCACCACAUUCUCCACCAUCAGGGGCCCGUUCUGUUCCACCGUCUGCCUCAAUGCCCGAUUCUGCAUCUAUGCCGCAGUCAGCAUCUAUUCCCAGCACCUCACAGCCUCAGGUGCCAAUAUCUUCUGCCAUAUUGGCAAGAUUGGAGCGUGUUGAAAAGGAACAGCUUGCUUUGAAGCAAGGCCAGACUGAUAUUUUGAAAGGGCAGAAUGAGAUAAUGGGUUACUUGAAGACCCUAUUGGCUCUUAUGGGAGAUCAGAGAAGGCCCAGCGCAGAGGCAGAGCCACAGCCAGACGCCGUGUCUCCAGGAGAUGAGUUCAUUCUUCCGAAUGAUUACAGACCUAAUGAUGAGGAAGAUGUACUCCGGACACCUCAGAACAUGUCGGUCACGUCCAUUGGAGAUACCCAAGAUUCGCAGGUUCAAGAAGAUGAAGCCAUCAACAACCAAUGUGAAUGUUGA